ACAGUAUGGAGGCUGCAGUAGUCCAUCUCCCGCGCCCCGCCGACACAGCCACGGAAGCUGCACCUCCUUCGUGUUUCCUCUGGCUGUGUUUGGGCUUUAGUCAUAAGCUGCACCUCAGCCUGGGCGGACGUGUUUGUGUAUCAGUGGACCGUUUUCUGUAAUCAUGGGAACGCCAGUGCCAACGGAGACGAAAGAUAACAGUGCCACGGAAAACGGGACUUCAUCUGGCGAUGCCCUCGGGUGUGAUCAGCGAGGGUUACGCUGGCGUCCACCCACGUCCUCGCCUCCACUGGCGCCCACCACCGUCUCUCCGCCCGCCCACCAGUCAUCAGUUGUGUUUAAGGGAAUUCACAGUUCGUCGCUAAGCAGUAACUUAUCCAGAGUGCCAUCUGCGUUUCACUUGUUCCAGUCACUACCGUUCCUGCCAUCAAUGGGCGCCACGAGUGUGAAGCAGCCGACGGCGCCCCUGGGGAUGGACCCCAGAUUGAUGGGGAUGCUGCAGAACUACGGGUCCCUGGGUCAGCUGCCGUGGGCGGCUCUGGGCGCCGGCGACCUGGCACUCAACCGUCUCCUGUUGACUCCUGGGGGACGCCUCAGCCGACCCAAGAAGCGAUACAUCUGCAAGUAUUGUCAACGGGAGUUUACCAAGAGCUACAACCUGCUGAUCCACGAGAGAACACACACGGACGAGCGGCCCUUCCCUUGCGACAUCUGCGGCAAGGCCUUCAGGAGACAAGACCACCUCCGCGACCACAAGUACAUCCACAGCAAGGACAAGCCCUUCAAGUGUGAAGUGUGUGGCAAGGGCUUCUGCCAGGCGCGCACGCUGGCCGUUCACAAGGCCCAGCACGCCCACGACACAGUGCACUCACCGCUGCACUUACCCUCCACGCCAACAUCACCUUCCUUCAGAAACCUCGAUCUGAAGGAGAGACUCGCACCAUAUCCAAUGCUGGCUCACCUUCACCAUACCCUGAGCUCAGACCUCCAUGUGUUCCCGGUAACUACGAGGGCUCCAACUAUGACCUUUCCUACGAGGACAACAAGCUAUCAGCCUCCGGCAGCCCCCACAGCCUUGCGAGCUGGAGAGGAGAAGAAUGAAGGGCAGGAUGUCAUUUUUGUAAUGGCAGGGGACACGGCAGAAGUGGCUGAAGAGAAGGCAUUGGAUCUGACUGUUUCGCGGAGGAGAACGACUUCUCACGUCUCCUUGACACCACACCUUACCGUCGACCACAACAAGAACGAGAUUUUUAAAAUCAAAGAUACUUUGGAAAUUACACAAAAAUCAGAAGCGGAAAAGAACGUCGUAACUAGAGUGACUCAAGGUGAACACGAGAUCGUGAAUAAGGUGAACACGAGACCAUGAAUAAGGUGAACAUUUAAUAUAUCAUUUAAAUAAAUUAUUUGACUUUCCGAAACUCUCUUGAACUUUGAAUGUUGACAUUUGUAAAAUAAUUAAUGUGUUGCUGGGAACAAUGUCCUCCGGGUCUAAAUUAGUGAGCUAAAAUAUUCAGAAUGUUUAAACAAUUGUGUACACGGAGCACGUGUCGGUAAGGUCUCGUCGUGUGUACAUCCCGCUCCUGUGUACAUGGUGUGUGUGUGAGUGUGUGUGUGUGUGUGUGUGUGUGUGUGUGUGUGUGUGUGUGUGUGUGUGUGUGUGUGUGUGUGUGUGUGUGUGUGUGUGUGUGUGUGUAAACGCAGGAGAAUGAAACACGUAUGCGUGUACACGCGUCAUCCUGGGCAUCUCCCAUAGUAUACACCAAGGUGUACAUCGAGGUUUAGGCAUCCUCCACUGUGUACACCUAGUAUAUACUGCCGUGAGUACUGGACAUCUCCACAAUGUACACCAAGUGUACAUCAAUGAGUCCUGGGCAUGACACACAAUGUACACCAAGUAUACAUCAGUAAGAUUCCCACAAUGUACACCAAGUAUACAUCAGUAAGAUUCCCACAAUGUACUCCAAGUAUACAUCAGUAAGAUUCCCACAAUGUACAUCCGUUGGCAGAGUGAAUCUCCAGGGGUCGUGUGUACCUCAUGUAUAGCAUGAUAUACAUGUGUAUACAUCAGUUUUGUUUACGAUAACCAAAUUACCCCAGAAUGUAAAUAUAUCCCCGUUUGAAUAAAC